CGUGGUAUUUACGCUUGAAAUAGGUUUUCCGAUACACUUGUACUUGAGCCUUUGAGGCUGGGCGUAUCGUACGCACCACGAAUGAGUGUUUAACCCUAGUGUAUGGACAUUUAGCGCAUACACACAGUUAUAUAUGAAGGAAGGGCGUACUUUUAGAAACACUCAUCAGAUCAUCAUGCCCUUGGAAUUGUCACACAAGCAUAAUCAGAAUGAAUGUCUUGAGGGGUCGGAGCGGCGGGAGGAGCUCGUGCGGAUACAAAUCCAGGCGUUACGAAGCAUGGGCUACGAACAAAGUGCUGAGCUGCUGCAGAGGGAGUCCGGGUUCAAGCUUGAGUCCGAUGUCGUGCAGAGCUUUCGCGAGUGUUUGUUGAAGGGAGAGUGGACAUCUGUGCUGGCCUUCAUAGACGAUGCUCUACGAGACGAGCCGAAUAAGAAAAACGAAGUGGCGUUUUUGGUCUACGAACAGGAGUAUCUAGAGCACGUACAUAACGGAGAGACGGUUUCCGCAUUGGAGUGUUUGCAGACGCGGCUCACACCGCUGGUGAUGAAAGCAGAAGCAGUCUCAGGGACCACAGAACAGGUGAGGGUGCUAUCGUCAACGAGGUUACACUCUCUCAGCAGUGUGCUCAUGUGCGAUGGCCCAAGCGUGCUUGAAUCGAAGAUGCACUGGGGCUCGGGUAGUAACCAGCACAAGUCAAGAAUGGCCUUGCUGACUUCCAUCCAAGGCUACUUCCCGGCUUCGCUGAUGAUGGCCGAGAAUCGGCUGGAUGCGCUCAUCCACCAGGCAGAACAGUACCAACAGAGCGAGUGUAGGUACCACAACGGAUCAGACCCCACACAGCCGCCGUCCCUGCUGGUGGACCACAGGUGCUCGCCCAAGAGCCUGCCACGGGUUACAAAGCAUAUAUUCACGAACCACACAGACGAGGUGUGGUUUGUGAAGUUCUCGAACAGUGGGGAGUACUUGGCCGCCGCAUCGAAGGAUCAGACCGUGUGCAUAUGGGAGGUUGCGACGUACGCGCUCAAGCACACGCUCCGAGGACAUAGUAUGCCCAUCUCAUUUGUGAGCUGGAGCUGGGAUGAUAAGCUCUUGCUGACGUGCAGCAACGACAAGUCUGUCAGGAUGUGGGAUCUGGAGAAAGAAAAGGAAGGGGGAACGUUGCUAUUAGAUAUACAGGAACACACACAGAGCGUUACCAGCUGUGCAUGGAGUCCAAAGAAAGACUUCUUCAUAAGCGCUGGACUCGAUCAGCUGAUGUGUGUAUGGGAUAUGUCAGGUAAUAAGCUGCACAGCUGGGAGGGCGUAAGAAUCAAUGAUCUGUCGGUGACCCGUGAUGGCAAGUACUUAGUGGGCAUUUGCCAUGAGAAGAAGAUCCGUAUCUACGACAUGAAGACUUUUGCGGAGGAACAAAUCCAGGAGAACGAUUCUAUCACCUCCCUGAGUGUUUCGGCAGAUAGCAAAUUCCUUCUGGUUAAUCUAUCAUCUCAGGAGAUUCACCUCUGGAACCUAGACGAACGGCGCCUGAUUACCAAGUACUAUGGCCAGAAGCAGGGGAAAUUUGUUAUUCGCUCGUGUUUUGGCGGCCACAACGACGCGUUUGUCAUCAGCGGAAGUGAAGAUUAUAACAUAUACAUGUGGCAUCGGAAUUCCGCCGAGUUGCUGGAUGUGCUGGAAGGACAUUUGGGUACAGUCAACAGUGUCACGUGGUCACCGACGAAUCCGCGGCUCUUUGCGUCUUGCAGCGAUGACAAGACUGUACGCCUGUGGGGUGUCGAUGACAAUCCUUCCGGCACCUCGUGAUUGAUUACCGGGUGCUUUCUUCUGCUUCUGCGUACAAACGUGAUGCUACUUAAUUGCCGUUUGAGAAGUUCAUGCUGGGGUACACACUGCACAGCCUUGCGCCAGCAUCGAUCAUUAUCGCGUUCACAAGGUGGUAUUCUUGCAGUGUGGGGAGUGUACGAUAUACGACGCUCGGAAGGUACAUGUGUGAUGCGCGUCUCCCCUUUGCCUAUCAAGCACAUACCUACAUCGUAUAGAGUGCACUUUUAUACGCGCGUAGUCAUUAUAAUCUAUGGGGCUAUGGAGCUGGCGUAUGCAUUCUUCACCGACAUACCUCGGGCAAAUAUGUUUUCGCAUGGAGAGCCGAUCCAGCCAUGUACAUUGGCACACAGGCGAACGGUGCAUGAUGACAAUGUAGGAAUGGUAGGAGCCAAAGACUGUCUGUUGGGCUGUUGUGCCUGGAAGACAUGGCGAAUAUGUCGACAGUUUGGGCUAAACGGAGGCUUCAAUGGACAGACAAAGAAAUCAGAGACUUCAAUGGAUAGAAAUAUCUAAAAGUCAGAUUAAAAGGUCUCCAACUCCAGAGGCCGAUUGACUGGAUACCACAAGGCCACGAAUGUGCAAGGAAGCUCGUACACAACACGGAGCGGUGUCUCGUCGUAGGAACGUUCGUGACAUUGCGCAGUCAAGCCAUUAUCUAAAGGCAUUGCGCAGGCAGAGUGAGUAGGUAUUGUCAGCAAAUUUCUGUCAACAUCUGCUAAAACUACUACACUUGCAAACGAAACUGGAACGUAGACACGAACAGAUCGCGAAGGACCAUAGCAGCAGUAUACUAGACGGAACUGCAGGGUUGCAAGCCCCCUGUGCGUACAGCCAUGAAUAACCAUAUUAGCAUUUAAAAUAGUGCAGUUACAAAGCACUCUGGAUCUCGUAAUUUGCGGAUUGCUCUGUCAUUAAGCAUGUACCGCGCAAUAGUAGCGUUUUCGAACGUAGUGGUAGCAGGGUUGUCUUAGGAACCAGAGGAAGAUUGACACAGAGAACGAUUGCUUAAUUGGAACGGAGGCAGAAAAAAAUCAAUAAUAGUUCUUAUACACGCACGCAUUAUAUAUAUAUUAUAUAUAUGUAUAUAUAUAUAUAUAUAUAUAUAUACAUGUCUAUAUAUCAACGUAAGCUUAUACAAAUUAACUCGUACAUAGUACACGGCAAGGAACCAGCUUGUCAGUGUAUGUGCGGAUGGUGUCAAAACGAGUCGAUCCCUUAUUUCAGGCAGCCAGGAAAUUGUAUUCACCAAGGAUAGCAACCAUUUCCGCGAGCUUUCCUCACGGCGUGUAAAUAUCUUGAAAGUAAAGCAUUUCACGAGCAC